GGGGGCGCGGCUGUGCCCGAGGCGGGGCGUAAGCGCCCGGCGGUACCGGCGGCCUUCGCGGGUGGCUCGGCGGCCGCACCUGCCCCAGCGACUGCCCCCGCCGGCUGGGCUCGGCCGGGAGCACCCGAGUGGCUCCAGGGACGCGCAGGGGGGCCGCGUCCCGCCGUUCCUGCGGCUCCUAAGCGCCGGCCUCCUCUCGGCAGCCGCGCUGCCCCGGUGCCCGUCCCAGCCCGCCCCGGGGAGGGGCUUUCCCGCGGCGCCCCGGCCGCGCUGCUCUGCUGCACGUCCGCAGAGUCCCGGCUGCUCUUCCUCGCUGUGGCUGCGGCCUCGCCGGAGCCGGAGCCCCGUGGCUGGUCGUAGGUAGCACACAGGACACAGGAAGAGUUCAAAUACAACUUGAAGACCAUGGCAACACACUGGAGAAGAAUCCUGACAGUGUUUAUGACAGCUCAAGUACUUUUUGUGGUAAAUGCCUUUGAGGAAGAGGACAUACCAGAGGAGUGGGUUCUUCUUCAUGUUGUCCAAGGUCAGAUUGGAGCAGGAAACUAUAGCUAUUUGAGACUAAAUCACGAGGGAAAGAUAGUUCUUCAGAUGCAGAGUUUAAAAGGUGACGCAGACUUGUACGUAUCUGAUGUGACACUUCACCCCAGCUUUGACGAGUAUGAGUUACAGUCUGUAACUUGUGGCCAAGACAUUGUCCAUGUGCCUGCACACUUCCGCCGCCCCGUGGGAAUAGGGAUUUAUGGCCAUCCCUCUCACCUGGAGAGUGAGUUUGAAAUGAAGGUGUACUAUGAUCGAACAGUUGUACAAUUUGGUGAGGCUUCUUAUAACCCUGAGGAGAUGGAGGCAAACCAGAAAUACUCACAGUCUACAGAAGAUGAAUCUCAGGACGAGGAGUCUGUUUUCUGGACUAUACUUAUUGGAAUCUUGAAAUUAAUACUUGAAAUUCUUUUUUAAAUUGAUAUAUACUGGACUAAGUCACACUUCAACCUGUGAAAUUGGUAUGAAUGACUUUCUGUAAUAUUCAACAUUCGUUAUGUUUCCUGAAGAGAUAUUAAGGUUAUAUUUCCUAAACCAGAAAGGAAGUGGGGAGAAAAAGCCAUAUUUAAUUUUAUAUUGUAGAUCCUCCCCAAUAUGUAAAAUAAGCAGCCAGCACAAUAUUUGCAGUACUCUUCAGAGAUCAGGGCUUAAAAAUGAAUGUAUAGUUGGGAUCUUGUUAAGUUCACUUUAAAUAGGUGCUUAGGAAAAUAAAUUCCAAUUCAGUAUUUUCUGUUGUUUUUUAUAAAGAAAAAUGAAUAAACUGCUGCACUUCAGCCCCCCUCUCAAUUUAGAGCAUAUUUAAAAAUAAAACCUGCUUCUUUUCUGAGCAACUAUUUCCAGUAAAACUAAUUAGUAAUGUGUUUGAGUAUUUAUGAAUUGGAGGAGCUUAGGGUGAAGGAAGCAGAAAUCAAUCAUGUAAGGGAAUAGAUGGUCUGUAUUUUGACUGUGUGUGCUCUACAUCACAUCUGCCAUCUGUCAAACAGAAGUUGGUCCAGUCACUCAUCACCACUACAAAUCCAUGACCUGAAUCAAGUGCAUGUUGCUUCUUUGCUAUUACUGCAAGGAGAGGAAGCCUUCAGCUGUUGUUAAUUUAUGUUACAAUAUGACAUUUUAUCCCUGAUUAAAAACAACACGGCAUAUAGGUAUCUCUGGCUUGAGGGGUGCUUUCUUACGCUUCCCUUCUGAGUUUUUUGUGAUUGAUACUUUUUAAGCAGGUAUUUAUGAAUAAGUCAUUAGCUUGCAAGGAAAAUUUCUGCUGAAAGGGAUUUGCAUGCAUUAUAAGGAGAUCAUCACAUGCCCACUCAGAAGUUACUCUUUUCAGGAAUACUUUUUGCUUUGUUCGAGUCUUUUAAAGUAACCAGUUGCUAUGCAAAUAAAGUAUAUUUAAACUGCUCUGUAAUUUACUUUUCACAGAGCUUACUGAUGAAUGCACUGAAACAAACAAGUAUAUUACUAUAAUUUUACACAAACGAUGCAUGUAUAAUUUAGAUUUCAUUACUGAAAGACUUCUCUUUUU